CCAAUCAAAAUUGAAAAUAUCAAAAGAGAAAGAAUGGGAAACGUUAUGAUUAGAAGAAGCAAAAAAGCAAAGGUGAUGAAAAUAAACGGAGAAACCUUCAAGCUAAAAACUCCCGCUAGAGCAAACGACGUCGUUAAGCACUACCCCGGUCACGCUCUCCUCGACUCACAAGCCGUUAAACAGUUCGGGCUUCGGGCCAAGCCGCUUGAGCCCUAUCAAGAACUAAAGCCCAAGAAAAUAUAUUUCUUAGUUGAAUUACCCAAGCUUCAGCCCGAGCCGGUGCCACGUAGGGCGCGAUCUACUGGUUUACGUGGCAUGAAUGCUAUGGAGAGGCUCGAUUUUUUGAUGUUGUCGAAACGGAGCGUUUCGGAUGUUUCUUUGGUGAAGCGGUCUAGUUUGGGUGAUGGUGGACCGGGUUUGGUUCGUGAUGGGUCGACUCGGGUGAAAAUGAGGCUGCCGAAGGCGCAAUUGGAUAGGUUGAUGGAGGAGAGUUGCGACGGAACGGAGGUGGCGGAGAAGAUUUUGAGUUUGUACAUGGGGAAUAAUGCCGCCGUGGAGGGUGGUGGUGAGGUAAAUGAAGCCAAAAUUGAGAUGAAUAAUCAAAGGUCACGAAGGAAACGAGUGAGUUUCAGUCCGGUGGAAGAAGGUGAAAUUCAUGAAGAAGCAGCUGCUCAAUAGUUCCUUCACUUAUAAUUUGUCCCAGCUCAAUUCACCUAUAUUUUGUCCCGGCUUGGGAGAUUAAUCUUUGCAAUUGCGCAGAGCAUAUCUAGUUACUACCGGGAAAAAAAUAGUCCCUUCACUUGUCAACAUUAGUACUAGUUUUUUCUAACCUGAAGCAAAGACAUAGUAGCACCAACACAACCCUUCUGUGUGGGAGAUUCUGAAGCAAGUUAUCUUUGUCCUCAACUCUGUAGCAAAUGUAUUCAUAGAUAUCUCUAUGCAUUUUAACACUUAUAGUACUCAGAUUAGGUUUCAUGUUUAGGCAUAGAUGACCCGAAGUGAGUUUUUUUCUUCUGGUUAUGGAUCCUAAGAAAAGAUCAAUUUGUGUGGAAGACUCAGAUCUAUGUUUGUAUAAGGAUUUUAGAGAGAAAAAGGAGAUAAUAAUAAAUAUUUUCUAUGUCAAUUAUAUGUUUCAAUGAAAGGAAUAAAAUGAUUUUGAAGACUUAGACCAA